CUCGGCCAACAUGGCGGCGCCCACAAGCGGCAGAUGUAGCUUUUAUGUAGAGAAAAAGAAACGCUUUUGUAAAAUGGUCGUCGCCAAAGGUAGAAGGUUCUGUGGAGAACAUGCGACCAUGGAAGAAGGCGGCAGCAGGAGGAUCGUUUGCCCUCUCGACCACAAACACACGGUCAGUGAAGACAAAUUGGACAAACACUUGAAGAAAUGCAACUCCAGAGACAAACCAAAACCUCUUUAUUACGUAGAAAACAUCAAUGCUGGCUCGGCUGACCAAGAUCAGCACAGUCCCCAGCAGGUGAGUCUGUGUGAAAGAACCAAGACUCAGUUACAACAUCUGCUGGACAAAUUGAAGACUGCUACAAAAGGGCUCAACUGUGAGCUGGAAGAACACUUCCUGUCUCAUCCUGUUUUCCAAGAGGAACUCAAUAACCCAAAAAAUGGAGACUCCGCCCACAAACACCUUAAGCAGCAGUCUUCCAUCAUAGCCCACCUGGAGGUAUUGGGGUUGCUGGGGCGUGGGCGGUGCUUCGUGGAGUUUGGAGCGGGUCGAGGGAAACUUUCCCACUGGAUCCACGAAGCACUGAAGACCACUGACCAGCCAUCAGCCUUAGACGACCUGCAGCUGCUUUUGGUGGAACGAAGCAGCACCCGCUUCAAGGUGGACGGGAAGCAUCAGGAUGCCGGCGUGGAGUUUGCCAGGCUGCAGAUCGACAUUCAGCACCUGGAUUUGAGUAAAGUCCCGCUGCUCGAGCGUCGGCUGCCGCUCGUAGGGGUCGGGAAACAUUUAUGUGGAGCAGCGACAGAUCUUGCUCUUCGCUGUUUGCUGGAAACAUCAGCGCCUCAACACGAGCCACCAAUGAAACGGCUCAAAAUGUCGUCUUGCUCAGUAGCAGAUGACAGACCUGCUUCCUGUGGAUCCUCCGGUCCUGAUCCAGUGUUGGGCCUAGCAGUGGCACUGUGCUGUCAUCAUCGCUGCGAGUGGCAUCAUUAUGUGGGUCAGCAGUUCUUCUUGGACUUGGGUCUGGGUCCCGCAGAGUUCUCAGGAUUCUGUCGCAUGUCUAGCUGGGCCACCUGCGGCCUUCGAGCAGCCGAUCAGAGAGUGGAUGAAGAACACGAGCCGAUAGAGGAGACAGAUGAUGUGCUCGGGUUUUUGUCGCCAGCCGAGCGUGAGCAAAUGGGACGCCGUUGCAAACUUCUGAUUGACAGCGGGAGAAUUCACUUCCUCCGCAGCAAAGGAUUCCACGGCCGACUCACUCGUUACGUUGGCAGUCACGUGACCCUGGAAAAUGUCCUGCUGACUGCCACGCCCUCCUCCUGACUUGAUCUGAUGUCUGAUUUUUUGCAAAUAAAAACAAACUUUGA